AACUCAUUACGCUCUGCUUUUUCCUCUCCUCUUCCUUCCGUUCCCUUCCCAUUCCUCCUUCCCCCGCACAGCUUCCGCUCCUUCACACACAAGCACGCAGAGUAGCAGAGAGAGAGAGAGAGAGAGUCAUGUCGGUGGGUAGCUGGUGCAUUCCGGCGAUCCCGCAGGCGGCACCGCCGGCGAGGUGUGGGCGGCUCGGGGGCGCCUUCCUGGUGGCUGAGCGGCCGCGGGCGGGGCGGUGCCGCGCCACGCACGGACGCUUGAGGCUCGGCGGCCGCGUCGUGACCCGCGCCGGCGCGGCGGAGACGCCGGUGGCUGGUUCCGAGGACGCUGGGGUGGUGUUCUCCGAGAAGUUCCCCUUGCGCCGAUGCCGAAAUAUGGAAGGGAAGGCAUGGGUGAGGGUGGACGCGGAGCCGGAUGGGGACGGCAAGUGCAAGGUCGUGGUCGGAUGCGAUGUGGAGGGGAAGUGGGUGCUGCACUGGGGAGUCUCUUACGAUGGUGAACAGGGAAGAGAAUGGGAUCAGCCUCCUUUGGAAAUGAGACCGCCCGGAUCAGUUCCAAUCAAGGACUACGCAAUUGAAACACCAUUGGAGAUUUUACCCAAUUUGGAAGGGCAGAUGCUUUGUGAAGUGCAGAUCAAAUUUGAUAAGGACACUCCGAUUGCUGCUAUCAAUUUUGUCCUAAAGGACGAGGAAACAGGUGCAUGGUUUCAACAUGAGGGCAGGGAUUUCAGAAUAUCCUUAAGCGGGUCCUUUGAUGGUGGAGUUCCAUUAGGAGUAAAACAAGAUAUUUGUACCUGGCCAGGAGCUUUAGGGCAUGUGUUGAACAAACUUGAAGGAUCUAGUGCUCAGCCACAAGAAACUGCACCUGGGGAUAAAAGUUUGAGUGGAAAGCAUAUUUCCGGGUUCUAUGAGGAAUACCCCAUCUUAAAAUCAGAGUACGUCCAGAAUUUUGUGACUGUUACUGUGAGGAAAGAUAGCGAAGCACAUAAAAGGCUUGUGGAAUUUGACACUGACAUUCCUGGAGAAGUUAUCAUUCAUUGGGGAAUUUGUAAAGACAAUACCAUGGCAUGGCAGAUCCCUCCAGAACCACAUCCACCAGCAACGAGAAUCUUCCGACAGAAAGCUCUUCAGACCUUGCUACAGCAAAAAGCUGAUGGGACUGGCAGCUCUGUAUCCUUCUUACUAGAUGCAGAGUAUUCUGGUCUGUUUUUCGUGCUCAAACUUGAUGAGUAUACUUGGUUGAGAAAUGUGGAGAAUGGAUCCGAUUUCUGCAUUCCUUUUACAAAAGUGGACCAGCGCAGAAGCACCCAAGAUGCUGAUAAGGUUGAGGCACAGAAAGUUGAUGAUAAGUCUGUACAAGCAGAUGGUUUAAUAAGUGAUAUAAGAAAUCUGGUGGUUGGCUUGUCGUCUAGAAGAGGUCAGAGAGUUAAGAAUAAAGUUCUGCAAGAGGGUAUCCUGCAAGAAAUUGAAAGGCUAGCAGCAGAAGCUUAUAGCAUUUUUAGGAGCCCCACAAUUGAUCCUGUAGAGGAGCUUGUUUACCUCGAUGUCCCAUCAAGUGCAAAGCCAGUUUGUUCUGGCACUGGAUCUGGCUUUGAAAUAUUAUGCCAAGGAUUUAACUGGGAAUCUCAUAAGUCAGGGAAAUGGUAUGUUGAACUUGGUACAAAGGUCAACGAGUUGUCAUCCCUGGGUUUUACCAUUAUUUGGUCACCACCACCUACUGAUUCUGUAUCACCUGAGGGAUACAUGCCAAGUGAUUUAUAUAACCUAAACUCCAGAUAUGGGACCAUGGAUGAGUUGAAGGAGCUUGUGAAAAAAUUUCAUGAAGCUGGCAUCAAAGUUCUUGGUGAUGCUGUUCUAAACCACAGGUGUGCUCAGUUUCAGAACAACAAUGGUGUCUGGAAUAUUUUUGGUGGGCAUCUUAACUGGGACGAUCGAGCGGUUGUCGCUGAUGAUCCACAUUUCCAGGGAAGAGGAAACAAGAGCAGUGGAGAUAAUUUCCAUGCAGCACCUAACAUUGAUCACUCACAAGAGUUCGUGAGGAAUGAUCUUAAAGAAUGGCUUUGCUGGAUGAGAAAGGAAGUUGGAUAUGAUGGAUGGAGGCUCGACUUCGUUCGUGGUUUCUGGGGUGGAUAUGUCAAAGACUAUUUGGAAGCAAGUGAACCAUACUUUGCUGUAGGAGAGUACUGGGACUCCCUCAGUUACACUUAUGGUGAAAUGGACUACAAUCAAGAUGCCCACAGACAGAGAAUUGUUGACUGGAUAAAUGCUACAACUGGAGCUGCUGGUGCAUUUGACGUCACCACUAAAGGAAUACUUCAUGCUGCACUUGAAAGAUCUGAGUAUUGGCGCUUGUCUGAUGAAAAAGGAAAACCCCCUGGAGUAUUAGGUUGGUGGCCGUCACGAGCAGUCACGUUUAUAGAGAAUCAUGAUACUGGUUCUACUCAGGGUCAUUGGAGAUUCCCCCGUGGUAAGGAGUUGCAAGGAUAUGCCUACAUCCUGACGCACCCUGGCACUCCUGAAGUCUUCUAUGAUCACAUUUUUUCGCACUUACAACCCGAGAUCGCUAAAUUUAUCUCCAUUAGACGACGUCUGAAGAUUCAUUGCCGCAGCAAGAUCAAGAUACUCAAGGCGGAAAGGAGUUUAUACGCCGCUGAGGUCGAUGAGAAGUUAACAAUGAAAAUCGGCUCACAGCAUUUUGAGCCAAGCGGUCCCCUAAACUGGAUCGUUUCUGCCGAGGGACAGGAUUACAAAAUCUGGGAAGUGUCAUCAUAGACCAGCUGUGACGCUACUUGCGUAACUGUUAAAAGACCAGGUAUCCAGGAUAGCUAUUAGGGCAUAUUUGGGUUGGGGGAUUGAGAUCUAAACCCCUAGGAUUUUGUUCAAAUGUGAAUUAAAUACUAGAAUUUCCAAGAGCAAUCUGCCUCUUCCAAAUGAGCUUGGAGAAAUAUUGGAUACCAUAAUGCUAGGAAAUGGCGUCAGAAUGGUCAACUGACUAGUAAUGCUGCUCCCGACACCUGACAAGCAAGAAAGGAGCAUUUGCCGUACAGAGGAUUCGCCUUGAGGCUUACGCAUGCUGACCUCGUGGGGUGGCCCUUGAGUUUUGAGGCUGGCAUGUUGUCAAUGACACAAAUUAUAAUAUCAAUCAUUAUGGAUAGACACUCUACAUAAUGGGGAUAUUAGUUAAGUUACAUAACUUGUAAAUGUAGCAAUUCAGAUACUACGGAACUUAAUUAUAUUACAUGAAGCCUACAUGCAGUACUUGCAUACUAAGUUAACAUUA